UCAAAGUGGCGGUGCUGAAGAGACUCGUCUCCCCUCCGCUCGGUCAGCCAGCCAGUCGCUCUGUCGCUCCGCAGCCAUCAGCUGGAUUUCACCGCCUCACAGAUGGUCUAUUAGCGACGGAACGGAGGACAAAUAAAAAGCAUUCAGCAGCGUCUAGGCGUCACUGAAGCCCAUGUGGGAGAGAUUUCCAACAACUCACUUUCUCCAGGUCCCGAGGAAACGGUGACGUUUGAUGGCCGCCCCCUCUCGAGAUCGUUGGAGUCCUAGCAAUCGUAGAUCCAUCAUCAACGGAAAAGCUCUCACCAUGGAAACCCCCUACCUCCAGACUGCGCUCCUUGACCCCCCCUGUAGAGGGUCCAAUUGCUGAAGGAGGGGUAGCGAUACUGAGACAAGCUUGUCUGUGAAGAUAAAAAAAAACACACAAAAAACACACACAAACCAUGUAGUGUACCUCUCUCCAAAGGAGGGGGGAGGGUCUUAGUUGAGUCUGAUUUAUAUUUUGUACUUAUUUCUGUUGACGUAAUCUCUGGAACAGAUCUGUGUGGCAUAUGUGGUUGUGUACAUACACUGUAAAAGCACCAGACGGAUAAUGUCCUGGCAGAAAAUUAGCAGUAACUUUUCCGUUAACUUUACAAACAUUUCUGUGAAUCCAAAACCGGACAAAUCUGUCGAUUUACAGUAUAUACAGUAUAUAGAUUUACAGUAUAUCCUCUGUACCUUUUAACAGACAUUUCUGUUAAUCUAAAUACAGAAAAACACCUGUGAAAAAUCAUUACAGAAAAUUCCUUCAUAUUAACACGCUACAUUAGCCCAUAUUUCUACGGACUUUUCUAAAAGAGUAGGCUAGCUUGCAAGGCGAGGCAAGCGUGACAGAGAGGAAGACAAGAAAGAGAGAAAAGGAUAGAGAUGGUCCUCCACACCGCCCCUUACUCCAGUGCCUGCCUGCACUUCCUGGACGGCUUGUCAUGGAGCCUGGUGUUCCCCUGCUACUGGCUCCUGGACCGGCUCCUGGGCUCCUGCGUGGCCACCUCGCUGGAGAAGCGCCAACGCUCCCAGGACCCCUGCUCCUUCCUCACCCUGUGUGUCGUGAUCUCAGCGCCCCUUUACCUGCUCCUUCUCCUCGCCUCGCUGCCCUUCGCCCUGCUGGGCUUCGUCAUCUGGGCUCCCCUGCAGGCUGUCCGCCAGCCAUACCUGUUCACCUACCGCAGACCAGACAAAGCGCAGGCCGAGCAGGGCCAGGCUGGCCCGGGGGGUGUUGGCAUCGGGGAGUGGAGGGCGCAGGGCAGGAGCUUCUGUUUCUGCAGUGCCAACGUCUGCCUGCUGCCUGACUCCCUGGCCAGGUUCAACAACCUGUCAGACACCCACCGGAGAGCCCACGAGGUGGGGAAGAGGAUCCGCAAUGGGGCCAGCCGGCCUCAGAUUAAAAUCUACAUCGACUCCCCCACCAACACUUCCAUCAGUGCGUUAUCCUUCAGCAGCCUUGCCACAGGUUUCCGCCGUACCUCCUCUCUGGACCAGCGCCCGGACCAGACACACACCACCAACGGCCCAGCCGACCCCGAAGCCGAACCCCUCACCGAGUGCCCAAUUCACCCCUCAGUUGCCACCGACUGCCCCGUUCACCCCCCCUCAGGAGACCAGGGCUCCUCCGAAUGCCCUCUGCAUCCAGACGGAGGAGACACGGCAGCAGACUGCCCCCUCCACCCUGCAGGGACUACCAGCAGCUCAGACUGUCCGGUUCACACCUCAGGGGAGGCUCCAGACUGCCCCAUGCACUCCACAGGGGCUCAGAGUGGCCAGGGCCGUCCCGACUGCCCCAUGCACUCCACAGGUUCUCAGAGUGGCCAGGGCCAUCCCGACUGCCCCAUGCAUGGGGACGGGACGCAGACAAAACCAUCGUCAGACUGCCCUAUGCACACCUCAGGGGUUCAAAUCAGCAUCAGCGCCCCGGAGCCAGACCCACAGGAAGAGGAGGCCAGAACAGGGAACCAUCAGUCUGGGGAGCAGGCAGGGGGAGACACGGGCAGCAUGACCGCCUCCAGGGAGUCACUCGCCCGUUACCAUGGCGGCGACACUGGCGUGGGGAUAUCCUCCAACAACACUCUCUCUCACGUCCCGCGCACGUCCAUCUUCAAGCGCCCCGGGCGAAAACGCCGCCACGGAGACGAGACAUUCGACCAUGAGAUCUCUGCCUUUUUCCCCGCCAACUUGGAUUUCCUGGCUCUGCAGGAAGUGUUUGACCAUGGGUCGACGACUAGACUGCGGCGCCAGUUGCAUCGCUACUUCCCCUACGUGCUGAGCGAUGUGGGCCGGUACGGCUGGAAAGGCUGCUGCUCGAGGUUCAAGUUCCUGAACAGUGGACUGAUGCUGGCCAGCCGCUACCCGAUCCUGGACGCACGGUUUGAGUGCUACCCCAACGGGAGGGGGGAGGACGCACUGGCAGCCAAGGGGGCGCUGUUUGCCAAGGUCCCCGAGACAAGCUGGCUGUCAGCCAGCUGGAAGGUUCACGUGGGCACCUCCCAUCAGGACCAAAGGGUUGUGGGAUAUCUCACGUGUACGCACCUCCACGCUAUAGAAGGUGAUGCAUCUGUACGCUGUGAGCAGCUGGACCUGUUGCUCCAGUGGGGGGCUGAGUUUCGCCAAUCCUCGUCCCAACCACGUGAAGGAGAGAAGGUGCUGGAAGACCUGGUGGCCUUUGAUGUCAUCCUGGGAGAUCUCAACUUUGAUAACUGCUCUUCAGAGGACAAGCUGGAGCAGCAGCAUGCACUUUUUACUCAAUACAAGGACCCAUGUCGCCUGGGGCCAGGGGAGGACAAACCAUGGGCUCUGGGUACUUUACUGGAUCCCAGUGGCCUUUAUGACGACGAGGUCAGUUCACCUGAAAGUUUACAAAAAGUGAUGGAGAACGAGGAGGGGAGGAAGGAGUACCUGGUGUUUCCUCCAAGUAAGAGCCAGUGUCCCGCCAGCAGUCAGAAAGGGAGGAAGAUCCCGCUGAAGGGCAACGGACGCCGGAUCGACUACAUGCUCUACAGCGACGAGGGCCUGCAGCCGGACUGGAAACUGGAUAUCGAGGAGUUCAGCUUCGUCACCCAGUUGGCCGGCCUCACCGACCACCUGUCUGUGGCCAUGCGAUUGGCUGUUUCCACCGGGGAAGAGGAGCCUUAGAUUGACCACCUGAGCUUUUUUUUUUCUUUUCUUUUUUUUAAAUACUGCCAUGGAGGAGUGACAGACGACCAGGAAGAAAAGAAGAGAUUAAGAGUUUGCAGAUACGUUUCGGCUUGAGAAAGACUAUAAAUGCAGUUCUGCGCUAGGAUUGAAGGGAGAGUGAAAUAGACGGAUGAAUCACUUGGAGGAGCACUCAGUGGAUGAAUGGAUAGAAAGAAGGUGGAGGAGAGUGGCAGCAGAGGAGUGAUAUGAAAGAGAAAGACUCUGGAGGGGAGAGAUAAGCAGGGUAAUUCAGUUUAGAAAGCCAGAAAGAUAUUCAUCUUCCUGGGUAAACCUCCCGCGCACACACACAAACACACACACUAAAUACAGCACCUAAAACACACAAACACGACUGAUCGACAUUUUGACUGUUGAAUAUCUCUUGGCCUCUCCACUCAUCUUCGCCGACACUCCCUUUUGAACUGAAGGUUUUUAUUUACAGUGAAUUGUUUUCAUGUAGCCAAUUUACACACACUUCUUUUAUUGGAUCUGUUUUAGCCGUAGAGUAAGUAUGCUUUUUUUUAUGAUUCUGCCUUCAGGGACAGUCGGAUCUUCUUUAGUGACAGAAAGAAAACCACCUAAUUUAAGUGAUGAGAGUGAAGCGUACAGCUACUGACUGGCCUUUACACUGACCAUGUGUGUCCUUGUGUCGUGCUCCUUCCUGAUUGGCUACUGGUCGUUCACCUUACUACUCCCACGUCAGUCCCAGGAACCCCAACAAGUGUCUUUUUUUCUAAAAAAAAAACAAACAAAACAAAACUAGUCUUUCUAAAGGAAGAUUUUUUUAUAGGGAGUUUAAAUGCCUGUUUAUUACUAUAUGGUAUGUUUCUAAAAAAAAAAAAGGUAUUGUAUAAAGGGACAUGGAAUUGGAGAAAGUGUUUUGUUAGAUGCAUUGAAAUGCUUAUAGCAUGUUUUUCCGCCAUGACUGGUUGAAAAUUAGGCCAGACGUUUUUGGUGUAAUCAUGGGAACUGAGGCUUUGCGGAUGCAUGAUGGGAAACGGUGUCAGUUUACAACAUGAAUUUAGCAUCUUGAUACACUUGCUUGCUUGAUUCUGGCUGCUUGAUGAGUCAAGAAGCAUUUUUGCCCUGUAACACACACUUACUAUAUGCCAGUGUGACAUUUGUGCAUGUGAGACUCCACCCUGCUGAUGACACUGAACACACGUGAGGGUGUGCACGGAAACAUACUGAAGAUUUACAUAAAGCAGGCAAACAUGUACACACAUCAUGUACAGGGGGAUUUCAGGUGAUGUAACAUACCCUCUGGCAGCCAUAUUGGAGGUCCCCCGAAUGAAAACAUGUGACCUGAGUAGAUAUUGUUAGCUUGUUAGCUAACAAACCAAUGUAGCUAUCUGGUUAGCAAGCCAUCGCCGUCUUGUGAGCACGUCUGAUUUGUGCACUAGAUAACACACAGUAUACAGCCCAGUUUUUGGUUAGAGCACAGCCAGUUGUCCAAUGGAUCACCCUGAUGACAGCCAUAUUGUGAUGCAACUGCAAAACCUCAGAUUACAGAAACAUUUGAAGACCUACACGCUGCACACACCCUGUACAAUAUGCCAAGUAAACGUAAACACAUUUUAUAAUGUUCUAAAAGUCCCCAAGAUUAAGACAACCCACCUACAAAUAAUGCACAAUUCAAGUAUUGCAAAGGCUAAUGAAUACACACAGCUUACCAGGUACACGAAUACACGAAGCAGUGUAAUACUACAAUGCAACACAACUUAAGGUGUGUUCAGACUGAAAGCGAAAACAAUUUUAGAAGCGGUGCGAUUGCAUUUAAAGUAAUAGACACAAAAAAUGAGGCUAGACGCAACUGCCCAAGUUAGAUAUUUUUCAACUUGAAAAGUGAAAAUGUUGCAUUAUUCCCAAGGCUUUAUGACUCCAACUCAUAAACAAACAUAUAUAAGAACAUUAAGAUGAUUAGAACAAAAAGAGAAGGAUAUUUAAAAAAGAAAACACACACACAGAAAGAACCGGUGUUGAAGUCAUAUCUUGUAUUCGUAUAUAUACAUUUACGGACUAAAUUAGCUGUUUGUGGCAAAUAAACACAAACUGCGCACACAGUCCAGCAGUCAAAUUCACACACAGUAAGCACAAGGCUAAAAAAUGUGCUUUGCAUUCAGUCUAAACACACCUUUAGAUUAGAUUAGAUAGAUUAGAUUAGAUUAGAUAAUACUUUAUUCAUCCCACAAUGGGGAAAUUCACUUAUUACAGCAGCAGUUUUUCCACAAUAAAAACAAACCAACAACCAACCAAACAACAGACAGAAUUCUGCUUCCCCCCCCCGUCUAUAUACACUGUAUUACAUUGUUGACACACUGCUUCUGCUGCUGGUUGGACAACAAUAUACCUUACAGCAAUGCAAAGAUGACAACCUUUGGAUUAUUUUAACUCCUAAUAAUGCUAUUAUAUAAUAACAUUUUUUUUUCUUUUUUUGGGGGGGGGGCUGCUGUUACAAGGGAAUUUCCCAAGUGUGAGAUAAAUAAAGUUUAUCUUAUCUUAUUCAACUCCCAAUCUGUACCAGACGCGUUAUUAUGGAUCCCACGUAACUUCUAGGCAAGUCCCGCCCUACGAAGCAGCUCGAUUGGUUGGGGUUAGGCAUUGACCUCGAGUGGUUAAGAUUAGGAUAGCUGAUUGGUCAGGGGAUAGGACCUGAACAAAUCAGGUGACGUUACCUUGCGUACAAUACGCCUGGACAAUAGUAAUGUGUGAAUGCUAUUGAAGGGCGGGUCUGUCCUAGAAGUUGCGUCGGUUCCAUAAUAACGCGUACCAGACCCACACAGACCAUGGUGUCAAACAGGAGCUAGAACUUUGUAAAGAGCAGUGUCUAGUGAGUAACUGUUAAAAGGCAUGUAGAUACUAAAAGUGUCCUUGUGUCCCCUGUAGACCUGUUUGCCAUGGUGCUGCCUGUGAACUAUGCUAUGUUGAGUGAUAGGCCACUACCAUUGCCUCAAACUUUAGAAAAUAACAUGGAAGCAGGUCUCAGCAGCAAGACUUGACACGAGUUAGCUAACAUUAGCCACCAAAAGCUACUAGUCAUACCCAUAGACUGUAAAAAAUAAUGGACGUAGCAUCCGUGACAUCACCCAUUGGUUUGUGGACUGCUGUUUUAAGCCUUGCUGGGUAGGAUGGCCAAGCCAGUAUUGUUUGCAAUGGCACUGCGCUUAGCUAAAUGCUAAAGAGGAAAAGUUGCUGAUUUUCAACCCUUCUGUCCCUGACCCUAGAGUCAUCCAGUAGAGAUUUAACCUUGACACUGUGAAAAAGAGUUCACUGCUAUUUUAAUGUACACAGGGCGAUGGUUAGCAUUGCUAAGCCUCUGUGCUGAUUGACAGGUCAGCAUGAAUCCACGCCCCUAAAGCAUCCCCUGCUUACCGCCACUUAUUUAAAUCAAUGGGACCAUAUUAUGAAAUGAACAUCAUGCUAUAUUAAAGAAGACUUGAAAGUAGAGAUUGUAUUGAAGUAGGGUCAUUUUCCCACAGACUUCUAUAGAAACAGACUUUUUGGAGCCAUUGAAAUCGCUCCCUGCUGGUAAUUAGAUAGAAUGCAGCUUUAAGGUACUUCCUCAUUGGUUUUACUUUUCAGAUCUGGAAGCUUUGUCCAUUAUUUUUACAGUCUAUGGUCAUACCAGACCAAGUAAGGCUGUUGCAGCACAAAACUCUGAAUGAAUUGAAUUGAGCAAGGGUAUAUUUAAUUCCUUAGGAAUUGUAAUUUCAAUUUGUAACAGUAAAUUGUGUCAUUUCUUUUUUUUAAAUGUGCAUAUCCUUGCUUUAAAAGAUGAGUUGGUUUUAGCAGUGGUGGCCUCCCUAUCACUCAACACUAUGUGCGCUAACGUGUUAGCAGGAAUCUCCAGAUCAAUGAUCUAAUGUACUGGGAACACAUGGAUCAUGUCUGUGUCCCUGUUGUUAUCAGUCAACAUGGGACAACUACCAAACCCUGCUGUAUAUUUUCUUUUAGUGGUGUGUGUGGAAAAUCACUAAUGUAGAAGCCUGUUUCUCUGAAUAAAACAUGCGUUCCAGUAACAGUUUAGGUUGUCAGAUACUGUUUGAUUUCCAUGGUCUGCAUGGUGAACAAUGUUUACAACAGUUUUUUUGGCAGAAGUGUUUUAACACAAAUGUGUGUACGUUUGUUCAGGCAGCUCAUCGUGUUAUAUUCUUUCAAUACAAAUGUGCUAACUGACGUUUGAAUGAAACGUGCGUGCAUGUGUGCGUGCGUGUUGGUUGUUCUGUUAUGUAUGUUCAACUGUCAUUUUUACAUGCAGUAUGAGUCCACAGGUCACCUGGCUGCUCUGACACUUUCUGAUUAUGACUAAUAUAUCCUUCAUAUUACUAAGAUUUGUAUCUGUGCUUUUUUUCAAUUCAAUCUUCUUUCUUUAGGUUGAAUCCUGUCAUCUGCUUAGGUGAACUUCAAAUGAGAUCAAACCCUCACUAUUGACUUGGUAAAUAGUCAUGUAAAUACACUAUAGGUCUAUUAUAGUUAAAGUUUCAGUGAGAAUCUGCUCUUAAAGUAAAUAAAUUAUGGUUUGGGCGGGAACAAAGUAGUAGCCGAUGUAGAGGUUUAUUAAUAAGCGUUAGUUUUUUUAAUUGUCUGAUUUUAUUGCACAACACCUGAAUACUGCCGAACAUUUCAUCAUGGGACUUACAGUAUGUAGUGCAACACCUUCGUGAUGAUACUACACUUUUGUGUUGUUUUUAACAAGUUGGAAUGUGGAGGUAAUUCAUUUUAUAAUUUGGAGUUUAUUUCUUUUGCUAAUUGUUCUGUGUUUGUAUUUUUGCAUAUUUUUUAAAAACAACUGAAGAAAGUAGUGGGCAAAGAAGCUGAUUGGUUGAUUAAAGCUGAAGGUGUAAAGGCAAA